GCUCGGCGGGGCUUUGCGGGGGGGGGCGCGGAGCAUGUCGGCGCUGCGGCGCAAGCUGGGGGACGACUACCAGGUGGUGAGCACCUCGGCCAGCGGAGCGGGGCUGCCGCCCCCCAGGGCCGCCCCCCGCGGGAAGCGCCAGCGCUUCGUGGACAAGAACGGCCGCUGCAACGUCCAGCACGGCAACCUGGGCGGCGAGACCAGCCGCUACCUGUCCGACCUCUUCACCACCCUCGUGGACCUCAAGUGGCGCUGGAACCUCUUCAUCUUCAUCCUCACCUACACGGUGGCCUGGCUCUUCAUGGCCUCCAUGUGGUGGGUCAUCGCCUACAUGCGGGGCGACCUCAACAAGGCGCACGACGACAGCUACACCCCCUGCGUGGCCAACGUGUACAACUUCCCCUCCGCCUUCCUCUUCUUCAUCGAGACCGAGGCCACCAUCGGCUACGGCUACCGCUACAUCACCGACAAGUGCCCCGAGGGCAUCAUCCUCUUCCUCUUCCAGUCCAUCCUGGGCUCCAUCGUGGACGCCUUCCUCAUCGGCUGCAUGUUCAUCAAGAUGUCCCAGCCCAAGAAGAGGGCCGAGACGCUGAUGUUCAGCGAGCACGCCGCCAUCUCCAUGCGGGACGGGAAGCUCACCCUCAUGUUCCGCGUGGGAAACCUCCGCAACAGCCACAUGGUCUCGGCGCAGAUCCGCUGCAAGCUGCUCAAGGGACCACCUCGGAGAGCCUCAGGCUGCGGGCUGAGCCACCGGGAUUCUCAACUUCCUUGGAGAUAAUUCUGCUCCUCAGCGCAGGAUUUAAAUGCAUAUUUAUAGAUUCCUAUAAAAUGCUCCGUUUCCCUGACAAGUAAAUCCUUUGUAGCUCAAAUUCCUGGGCGAGCCGGUGAGGAGGAAAGCUCUCUGCCUUCCGGGCAUAAUCCCGAGCUUUUUGGGCAACCCCGAGCCCAGCCGGGCGGAACUUUUGUUUCUGCGGAGCGUGAACUCCAUGGGCAGCUCAGUGCCGGGGUUAGACGUGGAAAACCCUGCCCUGGAAAAAUCCAGUGUUUGUUUGAGCGUCGCUCGGGCGGCCGCGGAUCCAUCU